AUGAGUGAAGUAAAAUACUCAAAGCUCCAAGCGAAAGACUCUUGCGAAAGCUCCGCUCUUCCCUCCUCGUUAUCCUUCGACGAUGGAGAUAGAAUACCGGAUUUAGAGAGCGAUGAAUAUUGCACAGUGUCUCAGUUUACUCAGUACCUCCUCAUUUAUACGACGUUCAUUACCCUAUGUUUCCUCGUUCUACUCAGUUUCCUCGCCACUGUCGCCUUCCGAGGUGAUUGUGUAUUCGAAGAUCGACCGUCCGACAUUUUAUCUCCUCUCGACUCCUCUUAUUCGCCUGCAAAGUCCGCUCUCUCCCGCAUGACAGUGAAGUCCGCGCAAUAUGACGAAGCGAUGGGCGGCAUGCCAUCCAAAGAGCAUGAUGAGAAGUGGUUGAAUCUGGUGACGCCCGCACUCAUGCGCUCAUCCUACGAAGAAAUGUCCCUAGCCGGCGAGAAUCCUGAGCAAUCUGUGGAUAUGUUUGAAGGGGGCGGAUACAUGACUUCACUUGGCGUAUACCAUGAACUGCAUUGCUUGCGCCGUCUGAAACUGUACCUCCACUCCUAUCACUACUACCCACAUCUGUCUACCUCCCCAGCCGACCCCGAGAACGCUUACGAGUUGGCACAUUUGAAUCAUUGUAUCGAGUCCAUCCGCCUAAGCCUGAUGUGCGCCGCGAAUGUCGCACUGUAUUCGUUUCAAUGGCCUGAAGAGGGCGAGGAGCAUACCAGGAAGCCGAAGACGAAGACGAAUAGCUCGCGAGUAUGCGUCGAUUGGGAACGGUUGGAUAGCUGGACGAGGGAAAGAGGCGUUGGGUUGCAGCCUAGAUUGAAGCAUCCCAGAAAUCCGGCGGAGAAAUGA